UAUAGCUAAGAUAAGAAAUAUGUUGUCGCUUCAUGAUGCAGAAAAAUUAGUUCAUGCUUUUGUUACCUCUAGGUUGGAUUAUUGUAAUGUCUUACUGUCUGGAUGUUCCAGUAGGAGCAUACACAAGCUCCAGUUAGUCCAGAACACAGCAGCUAGAGUCCUAACUAGAACCAGAAGAUAUGAGCACAUCACUCCUAUUUUAGCCACACUACAUUGGCUCCCAGUCAAAUUUCGCAUUGAUUAUAAAAUACUGUUACUAACCUAUAAAGCACUAAAUGGUCUCGCACCGCAGUAUUUGAGAGAUCUUUUAGUCUUUUAUGAUCCGCCAUGCCUACUCCGAUCAAAGGGUGCUGGUUACUUGGUAGUACCUCAAGUAGCAAAGGCUACAGCAGGGGGCGGAGCUUUCUCUUUCAAAGCCCCAAAGUUAUGGAACAGCCUUCCAAUUAGUGUUCGGGAUUCAGACACAGUCUUAAUGUUUAAGUCUAGGCUGAAGACACAUUUGUUUAGUCAAGCUUUUAAUGUAUAGUUUUCUUAGGUAAAGGAGCAGAUCUGGAAGGUUCAUGGUCAUAGAGUGUUUGGUGUACUGGGAUGUGUUGGAUGCUGUCAUCUUACCACCCUCGCAAGUCGCUCAGGUUUGCUGACUGUGAAGUGGUUGGAUGCUUUAUGUCCCGGGAAGCCUUCAUGUCUGUGACUUUAUUUUUUUCAAAAGCAAGAGAGUUGAUCAGUCAAAGAAAAAAAGGCUCAGGAGGAAUGUCAAUGUUAAUGUCAACAUUCACUUCUUUCAUCUCAAAAACCUGUAAAGGGAAGAAAUGUUGAAACGUUACGUGACAAAUAUUGAAAACAGUUUGUAGAAUAUGUUAUAUAUUUCUUGUACAAGUUGCUAUUUGAUUAAUAGUGUUCAGUAUUUUUAAAUAAAUGUAGCAAAAAGAACUCGUGUCUAUUGCAGUUUAUUUAAUAUUAAUAAUGAUGACUCAAAAGACACUAUAAAAUCACUUACAUAAAAAUAUUUCAUAGAGGUAUCAGUAUCAAUAUCGGCAAUACUUGUCUUGAAAGUACUUGGUAUCGGAUCAAAAAGAAAAUAAGUGGUAUCACACAUCCCUAGUGCAUGACACAUUCUCAAUCUUUGAAGAAAGAAUUCAAAGACUUAAACAAAGGAUAUAGUGGUCAUAAGAUAAGGUCAUAGACAAAAGACAUCACAAAAUUAGCAGAGCGUGUCAAGAUAUAUUCAAAAUAUAUUACUUAAUAAACAAAAUGUGUUAUUUAAAUAUUAGCAGAUGGAUUACAAUGCAAGUGGCAGUUUGACCAAAUAUAACAUGUGAUAUCAUUGCAGUGUGUCAGAAUGUGAGGUUGUAAAUUUAUUCUUUUUAGUUUGCUUUCAUCUAAAAUGUGAUUUUAUUUUUCUUACUCAGUGCAAUUUUCAUGGGCGAUUUAAAUUAAUGGCAAAUAAUUAACAAUAGAUUGUUUGUUAAAAAUGUUACAUAGUCUGAUCUACUUCUCUAAAUUCAAAAAAUAUUUAAUGUUUUUUAUGAUAGGUGAGCAUAUUGCUGUGGAGUACUUGCUAGCACAAUCCAACAGAGGGGAUCUGCUGGCUCCUCUGCAGCAUGCUGAAAUAGGCAUCACUCUGCCAGAGGUGCAAGCUGAAGUUCAGGAGGAUGAGUGUCUGGAUGUCACAGUCUGUGAUGUGACUGAUAUCAGUGUAGACACUUCACACACCUCCAGCAGCCUUGACAUACUUGCUGACUCCUCAUACCAGGCAAUGUGACUUUUUUUUUUUAGGGAAAGUUAAUUUACAGUUAAAUUACAGUUGCUCUUUAAGUUGAGUUGCAUGAAUCUACAGGUAAUGUUUUGUUUAGCGUUUUUGUAGUUUAUUCCUGACUAACAAUGCAUAAUUUAGGAAACCAGUCUUGGAAGCAGUGGCCCUCAUCUUACUGACAGUGACACUGAGGAUAUUUACUCUGGUGUGCCCGACACACUGGCGCCGGUAAAAUGACUAAAGUUUGAUAAUCUGUAAAUCUGUUUUUAACAGGAUAGUCGUUGUGAUUCAAGGGGUGUUCUUGGAUGGGAGGCAGUGGAUAACUUGUCAGCCUCAACUGCACCAUUACUGCUUUGUCAACCAACGGGAUAGCAGAGAUCUUCCGACGGUAUUCCUGUCUGCAUGCCAUGGACCAAACCCCCUCCAGAUAUUCACUUAAAUCCAAGAAAAAGACCUUGCCAUGUCCAUGGAGAGCUUCACGGAAGCAUAGUGGCUCAGCCCCUGGUCAGCAAGCAGCUGAGAAGUGAAUUGACCUUUAGUGGAUGCACACAUUUUGUAAUUUACAUACAGACUGUGGAGACUGUUCAUGACUCAUGGCCAGGCUGCCCAGAGACCUGAUGCCAACAGGAUUUCUGAAUGUGUUGCCCUCAAGCUUUUGAAGGAAUACAGGGAAGCAAGAAAUAGGCCUAAAGACAACAAGGGAAAAACCUUUCCCAUUCCACAGCCAAUCAUCAUGACGUACAGUCACAUCAAGCAGCUGGUUGAAGACCGCAAAGAGCUGCUGGACCGGACCAACCUGGUUUUAGUAACCAUAAAUAACACUACAGUUUCUUUUUGGCUGCUUGAUCGGCAGAAGAAAACUGACUGGGACACCUUGCUACAAGGAGUGGACCUUCCCCAGCAGAUCAGUGUGGCAAAAGAUUUACUGCCAAAACCUAGAGGGCUCCCAUCAACACCUGUUCAACAUGGACAUGCUGUCAUUGAGUUCCAGGAACCUGAAAAUCUUGAGGGUGAGGCAGUAAUUUGCCGCUGUAAGCAUGCAAGAACUGAGACUGCAGUGUCACAGACUCAGGCAGCAGGCGAACCCUUCUGGCCUGGGGUCCAGCAAGAUCCUGAGUGGUUUAACUGGCCUGGGUUUUCAGAUCAGCAGGGUCAUUACCCAUCAGUGACAGCACCUCUGUCUCAGGGUUGGUCAUCCUUUCCGCCUGCUCAUCGGCCAUCAGCUCCAACGCCACAUUCCCAGGGAUGGUCAUCCUUUCCGCCUGCUCAUCGGCCGUCAGGUCCAACACCACAUUCCCAAGAAUGGUCCUCCUUUCCGCCUGCUCAACACCCAUCAGCUCCAACACCACAGACUCAGGGGUGGUCAUCCUUUCUGCCGGGUCCUCAGCCAUCAGCUCCAGAACCGCAGACUCAGGGCUGGUCAUCCUUUCUGCCGGGUCUUCAGCCAUCAGCUCCAGUACCGCAGUCUCAGAAUCGACAACGUGCAUGGAGACUGCGAAAGGCAGAGCAAGAGCAUCAAGAGCAUGUGGCAAGAGGGGAGCCACCAAGGAAGCGGCAUCCUAAAGAAGGCUAUGAGUACAAAUGCAAAAUAUGUGGUCAGUCAAAAAACAAACUUACUGGCCACACUCAGGUGAAAGGAAAAUGGUACUGUCCAGCAUCUGGGAAGACCAUUGAGCAGUGGAAAGCCUCUCUAUAG